AUGAGUUUUUGGAAAUGGCUUAUUCCUUUUAUUUUCCUCGUUCUGACAAACCUUGUUGUUAUCGUCAACUCCCAGUAUUUAUCACCUUAUUUUCGCCAUCAAUGUCUUAAUAAUGGUAAUUACACAACUAAUAGCACAUACCACACUAACCUCAAUAGCCUCCCCUCUUCUGUCUCCUCUAAUAUUGAUAUAAAUGGAUUUUACUACAGCUCCGUGGGGGAGAAUCCCGACAGAUUCAAUGCCAUUGCGCUCUGUAGAGGAGAUAUUCAGUUCGACAAAUGUCGUAGUUGUGUCUAUAAUGCAGCACGCUCCAUCUUACAAUUGUGUCCCUAUCAAAAACAGGCAUUUCAGGCGCGGGAAGAUGAAAAUGUCACGAACAGGGACCAGUUCAACCAGGAACUGAGAACAUUGUUAGACAGUCUUCGAUCCCAGGCCGCUCAUGGUGGCCCCCUCAAGAAGUUUGCAGCUGCGAAACGAACAGCAACAAAUUUUCAAACAAUUUAUGGACUUGUGCAGUGCACCCCGGAUUUAACGGCUCAGGAUUGCAGUAAUUGCUUGAUCCAGGCUGCUAAACUUAUGGCAGAAUGCUGUAAUGGAGCAAAAGGAGUUAGAAUCCAUACCCCCAGCUGCUGUCUUCGAUAUAGAACCUAUCCCUUCUUCAACAAUUCCAUGGUUGAUCAGCCCCAAAGGAUGAUGCCAAUGCCACCAGUAAUAAAGCCACUAGCAGGAAAGAAUGCUAAUAAAAGUCGAACCAUUAUCAUUAUUAUUGUUUCUAUUGUCUUGGGUCUAAUUCUCGUUCUUUGCAUUCGCAUCGUCCUAAGAAUGAGACAACAGCGUAAACUAGAGGAAAAACUUGGAACUAACAAUGACAAAUGCUUGCAAUAUGACUUUUGUACAAUAAGAGCCGCAACGGACAAUUUUUCUGAUGUUAACAAGCUUGGUCAAGGUGGAUUUGGCAUUGUUUACAGGGGAGAACUUCCAAAUGGACAGGAAAUAGCGGUGAAAAGAUUGUCAAGGGAUUCAGGGCAAGGCGACCUAGAAUUUAAGAAUGAGGUCUUGUUAGUGGCUCGGCUUCAACACAGAAAUCUGGUUAGUCUCUUGGGUUUCUCCCUAGAAAAAAGCGAGAGGAUUCUUGUGUAUGAGUUCAUGCAGAAUGGGAGCCUUGACCACUUCAUAUUUGACCCAAUAAAGCGUCCAUAUUUGGAUUGGGAUAGAUGCUACAAAAUCAUAAGGGGUGUUGCUGGAGGAGUUCUUUAUAUACAUGAAGAUUCUCAAGUUCGGAUCAUCCACCUUGAUCUCAAAGCUAGCAAUAUUUUGUUAGAUGGAGAUAAUAACCCUAAAAUAUCAGACUUUGGUAUGGCAAGGUUAUUUGUCGAAGACGAAACACAAGGCAAUGCCAGCAAGAUAGGGGGAACCCCUGGAUAUAUGGCACCUAAGUACGCUAUGCAUGGACAUUUUUCUGUUAAAUCAGAUGUCUUUAGCUUUGGUGUGCUAGUUCUAGAGAUUAUAACUGGUCAGAGAAUUAAUAGUUACCAGAAUGGGAAUCGUGUUAAGAGUCUGCUAAAUUUUGCUUGGAAAAAUUGGCAUGAAGGAACAACAACAAAUUUAAUAGAUCCUGCAUUGGGGGCUUCUUCAACUUCCUUGCAAGAUAUUGUACGAUGCCUUCACAUUGGUUUGCUCUGUGUUCAAGAGAGUGCAGCUGACAGACCUACGAUGGCAAUGUUGGUUGUCAUGCUCUCUAACUUCUCCCUAAAUCUGCCCACACCAUCACAGCCUGCAUUUUUUAUGUCCAGUCCAGACAUUUCAAGUUCAACAAUAUAGGGAUCAGAAAAUCAACAAAUAAUGCCUCAAUUAGUGAGUAAUAUCGUUGGUAACUGAUGCAUACCAGCAGAUGGUAGAUAAAAUAAUGGAGCAAUAUAUACA